CGAACGAGCACUGCGGCUGGCAUGGCGGACAAGCUCGCGGCAGAGCUUCAGUUGCCGAAUGUGGUACACAUUUGAAGAGAUAGAAGAGAUGGCGAGGAAUCGAAGGACCACUGAUGCGGCAUCGUAGAGUGUGCUGCAGCUGCAAGAGCUCAAAUGGUCGACGAAGGAGCGCGUAUGGGUGCAGCUCGUCGACAAGAAUCCGAGCUCCGCCGACGUAUGUGAGCGCAUGAAGGUGAUGGCCGACGACCGCAAGCAAGCCCGCGCUGUGGAAAAGGCGGAAGCCUUGUACGACGCAUAUCCUAUCUCUUGUCCCAUGAAGAGGCCCAUGUAUGUAGCUAAGUGCAACUAGACCGAGAGACGUCAUACGAAAGAGCGAAGAUUCGUACCGUGCGGACUUUAUGAAGGUCGUCGAGACCGAGUUGGCGCGGAUCGGCGCGCCUUCCAUGCUUACGUGGCAGCGUCUUGUGAUGGAAAAGGACUGCAAUUACCAGGCCAUGCGCAUCCUCUUAACCAAGAUCAAGUCGUCGCAGAAACGGCAUCGCGUGAAUACGCUGCUGCCUGCGAUCGAGUUGAAGCCGCCAGCAUUUCCCCCCCAACCAACCGAUUCGACCCAUCCAGCCCAUCGUCACAACAGAUCCUCGACAGCCGCCCUCCGCGACCUUCAGCCGGAUGUGCCGUCCCCGCCGCCAUCCGCCGGCCAUCCGUCCAGAAGACCGCCGACGCCGGACGACGGGCCCAGUUGGAACAACAACAACGACUUGAUAGACGAUAGAUCUCCGUCCCCCGCGUCCCCCGCAGCCGCUUUGUCCAAGGCCAAACGUCUGGCUCGCGAUGAAGGGCAGACCACCCGUCGACACGUUUCAACUACACCCCCAGCACAUCCAAAUCAGCAUCUUCCCUUGGACAUUAUAAGGCCAACCCAACAACAGCAACACCCCCGUACUGCCGAACUGAAAGCCGCCCUGGCCGACAACGCCGCGUUAAGGCGGCAGAUGGACGACAUGAUCAAGUUGCAUAACGAGGCUAUGGCUGUGGACGUUAAGGGUGGUGGGGUGUCUACACGUCGUGUUCGGCUGCUCCAAGCUCAGAACCUGCAGUUACAACGACAGGUGGACAUGCUGACCGAGGCCGUACAUCUGCGGCAACAUGCGCAUCACGACUUGGCGCAAGUGGUGUCGUCGGUGAUGGAAAUUUUGCAAACUGGGCAGAAACAAGCAGAGGAAGCUGGCGCCGAAGUCCAAGACAAACAUGGAGAUAUGUGGAUGAUGGCGGUGCCAAGGACGCUCUUGGCCGAGUUGAAGCAAGUGGAGAGUCGACUACACCAAGCAACACGCAAGUGCAAUAUGGAGCUGCCCCUGCGAUACAGUGCCGACGCCGUCCACGAUACUGUCACGUUGACCGACCUGCACACCCACCACGCGUCGACUGGCCCCGAACACGUGCCUGAACUCCACCACUUGCGCAUGGACCGACUGCAUGCCCUGGAAUCCGCCUUGUCCACAUGCGUCGACGACUUGGACGCCGUGGGCCACAUGUUGUUGCAGACUCGGCAGCAUGGAGAUAUCUUAGCGAUGACGAGCCGCGUCACACGAGGUAUUCGUGGUGUGAUGGAGCAAGUCGCGUUGUUUGGCAGUGCCGUGUGCCACCAGCCUCUGGGUCCUGGCAGCAAGCCUACGAGUGAACCCCGUGCGCAGGACAUUUUAUCGCUACUGCCAGCCAAAGACAAAGUGUUGAGGAUGCAUAUCAAGCGAUUGAUCUCGUACGAGGUAAGUAUGCAAAGAUUCGAAGAUAUGAUGUGAGUUUGCAUUUGUGCUGAGGCGGGCCGCACUCUCCAACUCAAGCUCAUGGCCACCGAAGUAGCGACAUACCAAGAGCAAGCAUCAAAGCAAGCAAACCUCAUGACGAGGCUCGUGGACGGCGUGCGAUGUGUGUGCCAAGACAAACUGUCGUGGGUGCAGCAGACGCUGCAACCGGCUUUGCAUGGCCUCGUGCAAGUGUACGACCAACUGAAACUAGCCAACGAAGAGGCUGCCACGUCACAGCCGUGGAGCCACCUCUUUUGCGAAACAUUCGAACAGCACGUUGACACAUUGUCGUCGAUUGAAGUCGAGUAUCAACAGUAUGCCACCACGGCCAAUGCCAAGUUGGACAACACGAUUCACGCGCUCACGGUGGCGUCCCUGCCAACGUCAUCACGUUAGCUACUUGCCAACAGCCGAAACUGUGUGUAUUGAGGAUAUAUAUAUAGUAUAACAAAUCACACAACCAAAUUGAAUUAUCGGCAGAA